CAAGUUAGGUUGCGCAGAAGGAGGGGAACUGGUGCUGGAGAGACAGCGAGAAGCGAACCGGCCCCACGGCCACCGCAGGAGCUCCAUCUUCCUCUGAAGAUUUUGCUGUCUUGCUCCAUGAAGGUCAGGACAAUCUGACAUGCACUUGUUUCUUGAAGAAUAGUUUUCGUCCAUUGUGUCCAUUGUUUUCUUCAUAGGGAAGGGGAGGGGAGAACUGGUUCCCCCCCUCCCCUUCCCUCCGUAGACUUCUACAGAUACCCUUCAUUACUUUACCAAGAUGGCAGACCCCAUCAUGGAUUUGUUUGAUGACCCGAAUUUAUUUGGCCUGGACUCCCUGACUGAUGACAGCUUUAAUCAGGUCACUCAAGACCCCAUUGAAGAAGCACUUGGACUGCCAAGCUCUCUGGACUCCUUGGAUCAGAUGAACCAAGAUGGCGGAGGUGUUGAUGUGGGAAAUUCGUCAGCAAGUGACCUGGUUCCCCAACCAGAGGAUACAGCUCCUCCUGAACUUCCCAAAGAAUCCACAGCUCCAGCUCCAGAAUCCUUAACCUUGCAUGACUAUACCACUCAGCCCGCCAGCCAGGAGCAGCCAGCCCAACCUGUCUUGCAGACGUCAGCGCCAACAUCAGGACUUUUGCAGGUCUCCAAGAGCCAAGAGAUCCUGAGCCAAGGGAAUCCUUUCAUGGGUGUCUCUGCCACAGCUGUCUCUCCCAGUAAUACUGGAGGGCAACCAUCUCAGUCAGCCCCUAAGAUUGUUAUCCUUAAAGCCCCACCAAACUCCUCAGUCACGGGUGCCCAUGUGGCACAAAUUCAGGCCCAAGGUAUCACCAGUACAGCUCAGCCCCUAGUGACUGGCACAGCCAAUGGUGGAAAAGUCACCUUUACCAAAGUGCUAACUGGUACACCCCUUCGACCAGGUGUCUCCAUUGUCUCUGGUAAUACAGUGUUGGCCACCAAGGUCCCUGGGAGCCAGGCUGCUGUUCAGCGCAUUGUCCAGCCAAGCCGACCAGUAAAGCAGCUAGUCCUCCAGCCAGUUAAGGGUUCAGCUCCUGCUGGAAACCCUGGGGCUGCAGGACCCCCACUGAAGCCUGCAGUCACACUGACUUCUACACCUACCCAGGGUGAAUCGAAACGUAUCACCUUGGUCCUCCAGCAGCCACAGACCGGAGGUCCCCAAGGACAUCGGCAUGUUGUGUUAGGGAGUCUACCAGGCAAGAUAGUGUUACAGGGCAACCAGCUGGCAGCCUUGACUCAAGCCAAGAAUGCCCAGGGGCAGCCUGCCAAAGUCGUAACUAUUCAGCUGCAGGUACAGCAGCCACAGCAGAAAAUCCAGAUUGUACCCCAGCCUCCUUCUUCACAGCCACAACCACAGCCGCCACCCGCAGCCCAGCCUCUGACACUUUCCUCUGUGCAGCAGGCUCAGAUAAUGGGACCAGGACAAAGCCCAGGACAGAGACUUUCAGUGCCACUCAAAAUGGUGCUGCAGCCACAGGCUGGCUCUUCUCAGGGGGGAGCCUCGUCUGGCCUCUCUGUGGUGAAAGUUCUAAGUGCCAGUGAAGUGGCAGCCCUGUCCACACCAGCGAGCUGUGCUCCUCAUCCUGGGGGGAAGACUGGAAUGGAGGAAAACCGCAGGCUGGAGCACCAGAAAAAGCAAGAGAAAGCAAAUCGGAUUGUAGCAGAGGCCAUUGCUAGGGCCCGGGCUCGGGGCGAGCAGAACAUACCUCGAGUCCUGAACGAGGAUGAGCUGCCUAGCGUCCGGCCAGAGGAGGAAGGUGAAAAGAAACGCAGGAAGAAGAGCAGCGGAGAAAGGCUGAAGGAGGAAAAGCCAAAGAAGAACAAAACCUCUGGUGCCUCCAAAACGAAGGGCAAGAGUAAGCUGAAUACCAUCACUCCAGUCGUGGGCAAGAAGAGAAAACGUAACACGUCUUCUGACAACUCUGAUGUGGAAGUCAUGCCUGCACAGUCACCCCGGGAGGAUGAAGAGAGCAGCAUCCAGAAGAGACGUUCAAACCGCCAAGUUAAACGAAAAAAAUAUACAGAGGACUUGGAUAUAAAGAUAACAGAUGAUGAAGAAGAGGAGGAGGUCGAUGUAACUGGUCCAAUAAAACCCGAGCCCAUCAUCCCAGAACCAGUGCAGGAACCUGAUGGAGAGACUCUGCCUUCCAUGCAGUUCUUUGUGGAGAAUCCCAGUGAAGAAGAUGCUGCUAUUGUGGACAAAGUGCUUUCCAUGCGAGUUGUGAAGAAAGAGCUUCCUUCUGGACAGUACACUGAGGCCGAGGAGUUCUUUGUCAAGUAUAAGAACUACUCCUACCUGCACUGUGAGUGGGCAACUAUCUCCCAGCUGGAGAAGGAUAAGAGGAUCCAUCAGAAACUAAAGCGGUUCAAAACAAAAAUGGCUCAGAUGAGACACUUCUUUCAUGAGGAUGAAGAACCCUUCAAUCCAGACUACGUAGAGGUUGAUAGGAUACUGGACGAGUCUCACAGUGUUGACAAGGAUAAUGGUGAGCCUGUCAUCUACUACCUGGUGAAGUGGUGCUCUCUGCCCUACGAAGACAGUACAUGGGAGCUAAAAGAGGAUGUUGAUGAGGGCAAGAUUCGAGAAUUUAAGCGGAUCCAGUCAAGGCACCCAGAACUCAAAAGAGUGAAUCGUCCACAGGCAAGUGCCUGGAAGAAAUUGGAGCUGUCACAUGAAUAUAAAAACAGGAACCAACUGAGAGAAUAUCAGUUAGAAGGAGUCAAUUGGCUCCUCUUCAAUUGGUAUAACAGGCAAAACUGCAUCCUCGCUGAUGAAAUGGGAUUAGGCAAAACCAUUCAGUCGAUUGCCUUCCUACAGGAGGUAUAUAAUGUAGGCAUCCACGGUCCCUUUUUGGUCAUUGCUCCCUUGUCCACCAUUACUAACUGGGAGCGAGAAUUCAACACAUGGACGGAGAUGAACACUAUCGUGUACCAUGGCAGCCUGGCAAGCCGGCAGAUGAUUCAGCAGUAUGAAAUGUACUGUAAGGAUUCUCGGGGUCGCCUCAUCCCAGGUGCAUAUAAGUUUGAUGCCUUGAUCACCACUUUUGAGAUGAUUUUGUCAGACUGUCCUGAGCUUCGUGAAAUUGAGUGGCGCUGUGUUAUAAUCGAUGAAGCCCACAGACUGAAGAACCGUAAUUGCAAGCUACUCGAUAGUCUGAAGCAUAUGGACCUGGAGCAUAAAGUGUUACUCACAGGAACGCCACUGCAGAACACUGUAGAGGAACUCUUCAGCCUGCUCCAUUUCUUGGAGCCUUCACAGUUCCCUUCAGAAUCAGAGUUCCUUAAGGAUUUUGGAGAUCUCAAGACAGAGGAGCAGGUUCAGAAACUGCAGGCCAUUCUCAAGCCAAUGAUGCUGAGAAGACUCAAGGAGGAUGUGGAAAAAAACCUGGCUCCCAAACAGGAGACUAUCAUUGAAGUAGAGCUUACCAACAUCCAGAAGAAGUACUACCGAGCCAUUUUAGAGAAGAAUUUCUCCUUCCUUUCCAAAGGAGCAGGUCACACCAACAUGCCUAACCUGCUGAACACGAUGAUGGAGUUACGCAAGUGCUGUAACCACCCGUACCUCAUCAAUGGUGCAGAAGAAAAAAUCCUGAUGGAGUUUCGGGAAGCUUGCCAUAUUAUACCUCAAGAUUUCCACUUGCAGGCCAUGGUUCGGUCAGCUGGCAAGUUGGUUCUUAUUGACAAGUUACUUCCAAAGCUUAAAGCUGGGGGCCAUAAAGUUCUGAUCUUUUCCCAGAUGGUACGCUGUCUAGAUAUCCUAGAGGAUUAUCUAAUCCAGAGGAGGUACUUAUAUGAACGGAUUGAUGGGCGAGUUAGAGGCAACCUUCGACAGGCUGCUAUUGACCGCUUUAGCAAGCCUGACUCAGACCGCUUUGUCUUUUUGCUGUGCACCCGUGCUGGUGGACUUGGUAUUAAUCUUACAGCUGCUGAUACUUGUAUUAUCUUUGAUUCAGACUGGAAUCCACAGAAUGACCUGCAGGCCCAGGCACGGUGUCAUCGAAUUGGACAAAGCAAAGCUGUGAAGGUUUACCGACUCAUCACUCGUAAUUCCUACGAGAGAGAGAUGUUUGAUAAAGCUAGCCUCAAGUUGGGAUUGGAUAAGGCUGUGCUCCAGUCCAUGAGUGGUCGGGAUGGCAACAUCACUGGAAUUCAACAGUUCUCCAAAAAAGAGAUUGAAGAUCUCUUAAGGAAAGGCGCAUAUGCCGCCAUAAUGGAGGAAGAUGAUGAGGGUUCUAAGUUUUGUGAGGAGGAUAUAGACCAGAUCUUACUGAGGCGGACCACAACCAUCACUAUUGAGUCUGAAGGGAAAGGGUCCACCUUUGCUAAGGCAAGCUUUGUUGCUUCUGAAAAUAGGACAGAUAUUUCCCUGGAUGAUCCAAACUUUUGGCAAAAAUGGGCGAAAAAGGCAGACCUAGACAUGGAUCUGCUGAAUAGCAAGAAUAACUUGGUGAUUGACACACCUCGAGUGCGGAAACAGACUCGACACUUCAGCACUCUGAAAGAUGAUGACCUGGUUGAGUUUUCUGAUUUGGAAAGUGAGGAUGAUGAGCGGCCGCGUUCCCGAAGACAUGACCGGCAUCACACCUACGGGCGCACUGACUGCUUUCGGGUGGAAAAGCAUCUCCUGGUAUAUGGUUGGGGACGUUGGCGAGAUAUUUUGUCUCAUGGACGCUUUAAGCGACGCAUGACUGAAAGAGAUGUGGAGACAAUAUGCCGUGCCAUCCUUGUGUACUGUCUUCUGCACUACCGUGGGGAUGAGAACAUCAAGAGCUUCAUUUGGGACUUGAUUAGCCCUGCUGAAAAUGGCAAGACAAAAGAAUUGCAGAAUCAUUCAGGUCUGUCUAUCCCUGUGCCGCGUGGGCGUAAGGGGAAAAAAGUAAAGUCACAAAGUACUUUUGACAUUCAUAAGGCAGACUGGAUCCGGAAAUAUAACCCUGAUACUCUGUUCCAAGAUGAGAGUUAUAAGAAGCACUUGAAACAUCAGUGUAACAAGGUACUGUUGAGAGUAAGGAUGCUGUACUAUCUGAGGCAAGAAGUUAUUGGAGACCAAGCAGAGAAGGUGUUGGGGGGUGCCAUCGCAAGUGAGAUUGACAUAUGGUUCCCAGUAGUGGAUCAACUGGAAGUUCCAACAACGUGGUGGGACAGUGAAGCUGAUAAGUCCCUGCUCAUUGGUGUCUUUAAGCAUGGCUAUGAGAAAUAUAACACCAUGAGGGCAGACCCGGCCUUGUGCUUCCUGGAAAAGGCUGGCAGGCCAGAUGACAAAGCUAUUGCAGCGGAACAUAGAGUGUUAGAUAAUUUCUCUGACCUGGUGGAAGGGAUUGACUUUGAUAAGGAUUGUGAAGAUCCUGAAUAUAAGCCACUGCAGGGUCCCCCAAAGGACCCAGAGGAUGAGGGUGAUCCCUUGAUGAUGAUGGAUGAGGAGAUCUCAGUCAUUGAUGGAGAAGAAGCCCAGGUGACUCAACAGCCAGGGCAUUUAUUCUGGCCUCCGGGCUCUGCCCUAACAGCCAGGCUCCGCCGUCUAGUCACAGCCUAUCAGCGCAGCUACAAGAGAGAACAGAUGAAGAUGGAGGCCGCAGAGCGUGGGGACCGGAGACGCCGACGUUGUGAAGCAGCCUUUAAACUCAAAGAAAUUGCAAGGCGGGAAAAGCAACAACGGUGGACAAGGCGUGAGCAAACCGAUUUCUAUCGAGUAGUGUCUACCUUUGGUGUAGAGUACGACCCUGACAACAUGCAGUUUCACUGGGAUCGCUUCCGCACUUUUGCUCGACUGGACAAGAAAACAGAUGAAAGCCUUACCAAAUACUUCCAUGGCUUUGUGGCCAUGUGUCGACAAGUGUGCCGCCUUCCUCCAGCUGCUGGCGAUGAACCCCCAGACCCUAAUCUGUUCAUUGAGCCCAUUACUGAAGAGAGAGCCUCGCGGACCCUCUACCGUAUUGAAUUGCUUCGGCGCUUACGGGAACAAGUUUUAUGCCACCCCCUUUUAGAAGAUCGGCUGGCAUUGUGUCAGCCUCCAGGUCUUGAAUUGCCCAAAUGGUGGGAACCUGUCCGUCAUGAUGGGGAGCUUCUACGAGGGGCAGCCCGCCAUGGAGUGAGCCAAACAGACUGCAACAUCAUGCAGGACCCAGACUUCUCUUUCCUGGCUGCCAGGAUGAAUUAUAUGCAGAACCAUCAGGCAGGAGCGUCAGCUGCGUCCCUGUCGCGAUGCUCUACUCCACUGCUGCACCAGCGGUGUCCCUCACACACUGCCUCACCAUCACCCCUGCGCCCAGACGCUCCUGUGGAAAAGUCACCUGAGGAGAGUGCUGUCCAGGUGCCCAGUCUGGAGAGUCUGACUUUAAAGCUAGAAAAUGAGGUGGUGGCUAGGAGCCGACUCGCCCCACAAGACUAUGAAAUGCGUGUAGCCUCUUCGGAUACAGCCCCUUUGCCCCGGAGUAUUCCACCAGUCAAACUGGAGGAUGAGGAGGAUUCAGACUCUGAGCUGGACUUGAGCAAGUUGUCACCAUCGUCCUCCUCUUCUUCAUCCUCAUCCAGCUCCAGCUCCAGCACUGACGAGAGUGAGGACGAAAAGGAAGAGAAGUUAACUGCUGACCGGUCCCGUCCGAAGCUCUAUGAUGAAGAGAGCCUUCUGUCCCUCACUAUGUCCCAAGAUGGAUUUCCAAAUGAAGAUGGAGAACAGAUGACCCCUGAGCUGCUGCUGCUGCAGGAAAGACAAAGAGCCUCUGAAUGGCCCAAGGGACUACUGAAGCUACAGCUAGCUGGGCAUGAACAUCGAUGUGAUCUCUCAGGUGGGCGCUUGUCUCCACAGGAAGAAGGGCUGAAGCUAACAUUCCAGAAGCACAGACUGAUGGCUAACGGUGUGAUGGGAGACGGACACCCACUGUUCCAUAAGAAGAAGGGGAGCAGGAAAAAGCUGGUGGAGCUGGAGGUGGAAUGCAUGGAGGAGCCUAAUCACCUCGAUCUGAACUUGGAGACCCGGAUCCCUGUCAUCAAUAAGGUGGAUGGUACUUUGCUGGUGGGUGAGGAGGCCCCUCGCCGGGCGGAACUGGAGAUGUGGUUACAGGGUCAUCCAGAGUUUGCUGUUGAUCCCCGAUUUCUAGCGUAUGUGGAGGAACGCAGAAAACAGAAGUGGCAGAGAUGUAAAAAAAAUAAUAAGACAGACUUGAACUGUUUGGGAAUGGAACCAAUCCAGCCUGCCAACUCUAGAAAUGGGAAAAAGGGACACUAUACAGAAACUGCAUUCAACCGGGUUUUGCCAGGGCCUAUUGCACCAGAGAACAGCAAGAAGCGUGUCCGUAGGACAAGACCAGACCUUUCUAAGAUGAUGGCCCUGAUGCAGGGUGGAAGCGCUGGGUCCCUGUCUCUGCAUAACACCUUUCAGCACAGCAGUGGUAACCUACAGUCUGUGUCGUCUCUCGGUCCCAGCAGCACCACUUCUGCAACUCUGCCGUUUAUGCCGUUUGUGAUGGGUGGUGCAGCAACGUCCCCUCAUGUAGACUCCAGCACCAUGCUUCAUCACCACCACCACCAUCCCCACCCCCACCCCCACCAUCACCAUCCAGGCUUGAGAACCACUGGCUACCCUUCUUCACCAGCUACCACCACCUCUGGUACUCCCUUGCGGUUACCAACACUGCAACAUGAGGACGAUGAGGAAGAGGAGGAAGAGGAUGAUGAUUUAUCUCAGGGCUAUGAGAGCUCAGAAAGGGACUUCUCACUCAUCGAUGAUCCUAUGAUGCCAGCCAACUCAGACUCCAGUGAUGAUGCUGAUGACUGAAGCCCCAGCAUUCUCAUUGCUGGGUGGCUGCUGGAUUCUCUUCCUCUGGCCCUUGGACUUGGAAAUGUGGGAGGGGCAGGGAACAAUAUGGGGAAACCCAAGACUUCAGGAGGUGAAAAGGAAAAGAAAAAAAAAAAAACUUGUACCCGAUUGCUCCCAAUUUUGAGAGGAUUGGGUGGGCAGGGAACUCCUAAAAAAUAAUAAAUGACCACUUCCUCAUUUCUGGGGAAGCAAAGGAGCCUAGAGCAGCUGGUGUGCUCGCCCCUCCUCAGACACCUCCAUUAACCACAGACUGUAGCGCUGGCCCUAGCCUCUGGCAGAGCCUGUUCCUGGCCAAACUGUGGAUACAGCUGGAGGGUCAGGAACUGUUACCUUCCUUCCCCUUGGCAUUAAUAAAUUUAAGUUAAUCCUUUU